UGGUUCCAUCAGCCUCUCUUCCGUGCACAUGGUUUCCUGGUUUGAAACGGUAACAGGAUUUCUGAUGACCAAAGACACGGCCUCAGAUGCACUGCUGACGAAGGCGUUGGAAGACUUCCUCGACACUGCGCUGAUCAUUUCCAGGCACAGCAGGAAAGGGACAAUCCAGAUGCUGGAUUCCUUCAUACUCAGUUUAGGAUGGCUGGUGGCGGACGGCACCGUGGAGCUCUCCAUUCAUCAGGAAGCGCUGAGUACCCUGAACUGCAUUUUGGACGCUGCACCCCGGGAAGAGAGAAGAAAGCUCUCUUCAGCAGAAGGCACGUGCCGUGUUAUGAAAGAAUUGGCAAGGACAAUCUUGACCGUGGGAGAUUAUAACCAGCAGGUUGCUCUAUCCGAGGCAUUGUGUAGAAUGACCGCCAGAACACUGAGGAAUGAGCUUGCUCUUCAGUGGUUUGACGAUGCAGUCCUGGCUGAAGCUUUCAAAGAAAUUAGGAACCGGGAUUUUGAGACGGACUGUCGCCAGUUUCUCAAUUUCCUGAACAACCGACUCGGAGAUGAGAGAAGGGUCUACUCAUUCCCAUGCUUGGCGGCUUUUGCUGAUGAGCAGGAGUUGAGAAAACCAGCAGAUGAAAAACUAGAGGAAUUUUGGAUUGAUUUCAAUCUAGGAAGCCGGAGUGUGACUUUUUAUAUAGAUAAUGAAGAGAGUGUUUUGUGGGAGCCAGUGCACCUUCCGAAGGAAGCAGUGCUCGGGUUCAGCGUAACAGAAAAUAAUAGGAUGAAGAUGUUCACCAUUUACCUGAAGGAGCCGAUUAUUAUCAACAAGAAAGAAGCAAAGACGAUAGAAAUCCACUUCGACAGGCAACUUGACAUAUCACGAGCUUCACUUCGAGCUUUGAGAGGGGACAAACAGAUUCCUGUUUUGGUAAAAGUCUCCCCUGGCCUUGAAAAAGAUGAUGAUAAGAUUCCUAGUAGCCCCAAACAAGAAGCAGAGCACGCAGAAGAAUCAACAGCCCUGCCAGGGUUCGUGAAUGAUGAAGAUGACCGUUGCAUCAUAACUCGCAGCUUGAAUGUUCAAUCAGAGCUUGCUACACAUUCAGAAGACCGUUCCCCUGAAACACUAAAACCACAGGACCCCAAACCAGAAAUUACUUCAAAACAUGAGCAUUCUUCACACGUGCAGGAAUCACCAGUUCAGACUCGGGCUUCUCAAUCAGAUGAUGCGAAGGAUGAUUCUGCCUUCAGGAGGGACAGAGAACAAGACGGGAGGAUGCCGUUUAAUUACAGGAAACAUCACUUUUAUGAGAGUAAUGAAGAUUCAAGUUCAAGUGCCAGCGAACGCUCUUGGAUCCAGAAUUACAAACGGAAAUCCCUAAGAACAUAUUCCCAGAGAAGGAAGCCAAGAGUCAGGUCUCUAAGGAUCCUACCGCUUUCCCCCAUCAGUAGUGACAGAGCUUGUGAGAAAGAUCAGGUUACGCUAACAUCAGUAUGGAAAGGCAUCUCCAGGCAAAAUGAUGCCAUUCUCCCAACAUCCUCUCAGACAAAACUACAAGGGAGUUCUGUGCUUUUAACGCCUGUGGCAUCUACACCGAAAACGGAACUUGGAACUCCUCAUCCAUCGGGCAGUUUCUCUUCCUUCGAGCACCCAGAAGUUGAAGAAAAUGUCCCUCAGAUCGUGAGCCGAGAAUUGUUCAUGGAAAACAGCAUCAAACACAAGCUGGAAAAUUCAGAACACAGAGAGAUGCCAGAUGGAAGUAUUGCUGCCCCGAAGCAAUCAAGAUUAGAAGAUGCUCCAGGAUCCCCCGCUGUGACAGAUAUUUCUACUCCAUCCCAAGAAGACAUGCCAGAUAGCGCAAAUAGCUCUGCUUUGAAAACAGCCCUUGAGAACUUCACUAGAGAGAUGAAAAGAAGAUUUGAGCUCAAGCAGAAAGAAAUUCCACUUUCUUUAGAGAAGGCGAAGGACGUGCCAGGCUGCCUCGUCAGACUUUGGAACCAGAUAUACACACGCAGACUGAACAAGCUGGAGAGGUUUCACAGUUUGGUCCUUCAGGAGCUGAGCAACUUGGAGGAGAAUCUUCAGGGUCUCAAAGGCCUCGAAGAGGAUGCUCUGGAGUUCUGGGAGAAACAGUCGGCUGACUGGGAGUCAUUCUGUCAUCAGCAAGAGCUGAGGUUUAACUCAGCUCAGCCUUUAUAAGGAUAGCCAAAGCCUGGCUUUAUGACUGCACCCCUCAGGUAGGUACAGACAUUGGCAUUGUUCAAUCUUUGUGAAUUAAGCCCUGAAAAACCCUGAUGCUUUUAACUUCCUUUCUGUUCUGAGCUUCCUCCAGCCCUACACUCAGGGCCUUGGGUCAGUCAUUCAGUCUUUAGAGUUGUGCCUCCCCAAUCUGUCAAACACUGAACUAAACACAGAGAUGCAGUGGCUGAUUAGCAUGCAGAUACAUUCCUGCCAAAUCAAAGUCCUAAGCCAGUGAGGUAGCUCAGUAGGUAAAGGCAUUUGCUACUGAGCCUGAAAACCUGAAUUCAAUCCCUGGAACCUACCCGGUGGAAGGAAAGACUCCUGAAAAUUGUUCUCCAACCUCUGCACAUGUUACACACAUGCGCAUGUGCACACACACAGACACACAGGCUCAUGUUCACAUUCGUAUGCACGCGGACACACACACACUCGCUGGCAUGCAGGCUCGUAUUCACACUCAUAUGUGUGCAUACACACAUACACACACCAAAAAAUUUUAAAACAGUGAUAUGUUACUAGAGAGAUGGCUCAAUGGUUAGGAGCUCUGCUGCUUUCCAGAAGUCAGUUCCCAGCACCCACAUGGAGGCUCACAAGCAUCCCCAAUCUCAGGAUUUGAUUCCCUCUUCUGGACUGUUUGGACACUGCAUGCAGAUGGUGUGCAGACAUGUUACAUGCAGGCAAAAACCCACACAUAAAAUAUCACACAAUAAUUCCAUCUACAAAAUAACCUUGUGUUUGGGUAAGUACAUUGAAUCUGGUAAGUCACAGCAUUAGGAAUAUAUUCAUUUAUAGUUUAUCUUGCCUAAGUAUGCCGAGUGGUGCCCCAUCUGGUUUCUAUUGUCUCUGCUUUCUUACUAACGGUUAAGCACAGAACUAACUGAAGGGCUGUGUUUAAGACUGUGGGCUCCCAGGAUGUCAGAGUCACGGACACGGCUCUCAAAAAGGAAAGGGGCAACAGUCUUGUUGACAGUGAGUUCUGAGGGCCCAAGAGGUGUGAUGGUUGUGCCUUGACCAAUCACUGUUUCUCCAUUUCCUUUUCCACCAGGACAAUAGCCUGAGGAGGGAGCUGGAGUCUGUGGUGCCUUGGCCCAGGAGCCUUCCUUCCCAGCUAUGCUUGGCUCAACCAGCCACUAUCAGCUGCUGAGCCAGGGCGGGAGAGGGAGGGAUGGGGCAGGUUCACAGUUCCUACUGCCUUAUCCAUUUGUUCACAGAAACUAAGCCUUUUAUUCAGACGUGGCCUAAUAAUAGAAAAAUCCAAGAUGUUUCAAGUGGUUUACUUUUCAUGUAAUUUAAGAGGAGUAAACUUUAUUUUAACUGGAGAAAUGCCUUUUUGAGUUUUGCGGGAACCAGACCUUUAGCUGCAGCAUCUGCAGAGAGAUUAUUUCAUAAACCCCUUUAAGGGAAAAAUAACCUGAAAACAGAAUGCGAUGGGAUCAGUUUGACAUGAAAUUGUAAGGGGGACAGCUUUGCCCUUUAGGCAUUUCUGCUUCUCCAGUUCUCUACUCCAGGCAUGCUCAGUAGAGGAGACAUAGUCCCCCUGAGGCCACUCCUAAAGUCUCUUAUGAAGUUUGUGUGCAGAGGGCUGCAUCAAUAGCAGGGCACCUGAAUCUAUUUUAGAGAAAUUCAACAAAGCCCAUUUCAUCUAAGGCCACUCACGAAGUCAGAUGGUUUGUGGCUGGAUCAGUAGGGACUGUGUUUUGAGCGGUAUGUUCUCAAUAAAAUUUAGUGAGCUAUGCUAUUGGUUGCAUAUUAAUUAAUUUGCAGGUUUUUUUCUAAUACAAACGUAUGUGAUCCUAAUUGAAUUGUCGAGGUUUUUUCUUUAUAACUUUUAAUGAAGUGUGCUUUAGUUUUUGCUUAUAAGAGCACAUGUAUAUUUUAAACCUGGCUGCAGUUUUCCCUUCCCUCCUCUUCUAGUUCCCCUCACCUUCCCUCUUCCCCCCCAACCCACUUCUCCUGUCAUUUCUGUUUAGGAAUAAGCAAAGUCACAAGGAAAGAGGUCAUUAUUUACUGGGUAAUCAAGAAAGACUUGCUGUAGGAGAGAUACUAUUUGAAAUACAUCUUUCAGGACAAGGAUGGUUUUCUUAGGGCAAAGAAAGAGAGAUAAAAAUGGCUAUAAGAACCAUGGCAGGAAAACUAAAAAUAUGUUCAAGGUUAUGGAACUACAAAGUCUUGUGGGGAACCAAGUUCCUCUAGGCCCACACUAACCUUCCUUUACCCACAUGACUGGAGGGACUGAUUCCGCAGAUGAGAACUUUUGGUAGAGAAUGAUGAAGUUAACGCAGUGGCUCAGGAAGACUAGGAUGUCUGCCAUGGAAUCCAGGCUACUGAAAGAGGCUGCUGCCGCGGCGGAGGCUCUAACUACAGCUUACCGCGUAUAUUAGCUACAAGCGGAGGCUCUAACUACAGCUUACCGCAUAUAUUAGCUACAAGCGGAGGCUCUAACUACAGCUUACCGCGUAUAUUAGCUACAAGCGGAGGCUCUAACUACAGCUUACCGCGUAUAUUAGCUACGUUGCAUUGUUGUGAGCGUAGUAGGUGACGGGAAAACAAGGUUAACCUCAGCUAUUGUUUAGAGGAUUCAGUCCAGGAUGAAGGGGGGAGCAUGGUGGGACUCAUGGGAGGGGGGCGAGCGGCAGACCUUCCCUUCUCAUUUCAUACGAGAGCACAGAGAACAUCGAGAAAUAGAGGGCAGGCUGAGUCCUUCACAGGCCCAGCUGGAGUGGCUCACUUCUAUCCAUAGGACCCCAUCUUCCCAGGCUCAGACUGCUGUCUUUUGACUGCAAAAAUGAAACCAUGAAUAUUAGUCUCAUGGAAAGGUAGGUAGAAUUUCCUGUCAUCUUGGCUUUGUAUUAUUUGGUGUUUUCUGUACCUCUUUUGCUUAACUAUUAUUAAAUUAAGCAAGAGUGAUUCUUCCCUGGAUGUAAAUUUUUUUUUUUUCAAAUAUCUUCAGUAGACCUGGAUUAGUGGAAGGUGUUUAUGAGUUGUAGAAGUUCCUUGGUAGAAUUUUUGGGGUCACUUAUGUAAACUAUCAUAUGAUCAGCAAAUAGUGAGAAUUUGACUUCUUUUCUGAUUUGUAUCCCCUUGAUCUCCUUUUGUUGUCUUAUUGCUCUAGCUAGAAUCUCAAGUACUAUUUUGAAUAGAUACAGAGAGAUGGACAACCUUAUCUUGUUCCUGAUUUCAGCAGGAUCACUUUUGAGUUUCUCUUCAUUUAGUUUUGAUGUUGACUGUUGGCUUGCUGUAUAUUGCCUUUAUUAUGUUUAGGUAUGUUCCUUGUAUGCCUGCUUUCUCCAAGGUCAUUAUCAUGAAGAGAUGUUGUAUAUUUACACAAAUUUGACUUUUUCUAUUUUGGUUUGGUUCCCAGCUUUGAGUUUCUCUUUCACACUGGACACUAACUUUCCUAUUUCAUUCAGUGUUGUAUUUUCUUGGAGUACUUUUAAGAGCUUUACUUUUUAUUACUUGAAUAUUUUUAUAAUCCUUACUUUAGGUUCUUUUUCUGGAAUUCCAUCUAACUCAUUAGCAUCGGAGGCCAUUUCUGUAGGAUUAAUUUCAGAAGGAGUUGGAUUUCCUUGAUUUUUCUUUAUUCUUUGUCUUCAUGAAGGGAACCAGGUCAUUUGUUGAACUUAUUAUGUUUUAUUUAACUGAUUUUUAUUCUUUCAGAGCAAGUAUUUAAACUGUUGCUAAUGCCCUAGGCUAUCAUUAUCCCUGGAGGGAUGGUAGGAAGGGGCAGUGGAUCUUGGAGGCCUACUAAACUCACCAGGGCAAUGGGUGGGACUAGAGCCUUCUAGGUACUCUGUUCUUACUGGAGUCAUGGGGGGCACUGAAGCAUCCUGGACACAUUAACCUCACAGGGUUACUGGGAUGGCUGUGCUCUUCCAGGCAGUAUAUAUGGCAGGGUCUGAAGUCCUGAAGCUACACUGACAGCACUGGGGGCAACGGUUUGGACUUAAGCUUUCUGGAUACACUGUGCUCAUCAGAGUGCUUGAGGCUGCAGCCUCUAGGACACACCUCAUUGCAUUGACACAUGGGGUAGAGACAACCUUGGACAGGCAGGACUUGAGACACAGAUGUACAGCCCUCACCUGGGUGACAGGUGGGGCUCAGCCUUCUCAGGCAUGGAGUCUCCUUGGGAGAAUGGGCAAGUGAAUGGGUGGCCCUAUGUAUUACUGAAGUCUCACUCCGCCAUGGGAGAUGGCAUCCCAUCUAGGAGUUAGCCACAUAGAUGGAAGUCCUGGAAAUCUUGUGAAAUAAUAGUUCUUGUUAAUUUAAAUUCUUCAACCACCAAAACUAAGUUUGGCAUUAAUUACUUUUGAAAAGUCAUCUUAGUGUAAACCAGUUUUUAUAACAAAUGCUCUCUUCCAGAAUUCAUCUGGAUUCUUCUAUAGCUCUAGUCAAGUUCGUAACAUUAUACAGCAUAGAUUUGAGAAAAUAUUUUACUGAAUAUGAAAUUUCAGAGUUAAUCCAGAAAUCUCAGAGUUAAUCCAAAAAUCUAAGCCUAAACUAGGUUUGAAAAAAGUAAAGGCUUUGGUAUGACUUGGCCAUACAAUGUCUCCCAUAGGUUAAUAUGUGUGAGUAGUGGGUUUUCAGCUCAAGGCAUGGUUAUAGGAGGUUAUGGAACUUUUAAGAGUUUAUACUUUGAACUGUGAGGUAGUAGUGUAUGCCUUUAAUCCCAACACUAGAGAGGAAUAUAAGGCAGGAACUCUUUCAGUCUGAAGAUUUCAUAGAGGUAAGAGCUCUCUAGUGACUUGGUUGUUUUGCUUUUCUGAUCUUCAGGUUGAACCCCAAUAUCUGUCUGAGUUUUUAUUAUUUGUGCUACAUACAAUAGCUAAUUUCUCAUAAAAAACAUUGGGUCUAUUAUAUUUUUUGAGACAAGGUCUUACUCCAUAGCUCAAAUUUUCCAGGAGCCAGCAUACUGUACUCUAGAGUGACUUUAACUCAGCAAUCCCCCUGCCUCAGCUUCCUCUGUGCUGGGAUUGCACCCUGCCUAGCCUUUUAUUUUUAAAGACAAAGUUGUAAUGUGACAAUCCCACCCACAGCUUAAAAUAAUGAAGUGAAGGGGGCUUUUUAAAAUGUCCACCCUCCCGCUAAACUCUAGCCCUCAAUCACUCCAAGUUCCUUCUACCUCCACCCCACCCUCUUGCCUUCCUAAUUCUCCUGCCUGACCCUUUUCUACCUUGGGAUGUGAGUGGCUUCGAUCAGACUUUGAGCAUGCCUAUUGAGGCUACCUUCAUGCUGGGGCCCCGAGAUCUUCAUCGUGUUGGAGACUGCAGCCUCUGACGACAAAUGGCAGAUGGUGAUCCUCCUUCCGCUCCUGAGAUGAAGUGGCCACUUCCUCCACCUGGGAAGACACUGUAAAGGUACCCGGGGUACUGGUAAUCAGUGCCAUACGUACCCCCAGUGUAUGGUGUAGUAUGGUUUAUCAUAUUUAUGAUAUUUAUGUAUUAGUAGUUAUGGUAGAGUAUUUAUAGUACAGCAGAGUAUACUGUUAUACUGUGCAGUAAGUAGUGUCGAGUAGACUCUGCUUGUCUGAUUGCUAUUCAGUUUUCCUUGUGAGUGACGAACUUCUUAGUUUAACUUGGUAUAUAAAUACUGCAUUAAUAAUGUCACAUAGCAUUCCACUGCUUGUUGAAAUGAAUUAGAAAUCUAAGAUUCAUCACUAAAAUAUCACUUUAUUGGUAAAAGUAAUCCCCAAAUAAUAGACAACUUGGAAUACCACAGAGGCUCACAUUUUUAGCUUCUUUGAGCCAAAUAAGAAAAAUUGUAACACAUUUUAGCAUAAAAAUCAAUUUAUUAUACAACAAUCACACAGAAUUCUUUUUAUCUAAAAGAAAAAUGGCUUCUGCCUCCCUUUCUCCCCAGUCAUGAUACUGUGUUCUUUAGAUGCAGUACUUUCAAAGGAAAACAAAAAGUGAAACCCUCAAUUUUCAAAGAAAUGACCUCUACUGAUGUUCUUAAUUGACACAGGAAUGCUGGGAAGGACUAGAGAAGAAUGGGCUCUAACAUAUAAAAUGCUAUUCUGCCCAUUUUGGUAAAAAAAAAAAUUCUCUGAUGUGGGAA